AUGACUAAAAGUGCCCUGGACAUGUUUAGCAAAUGCAUGGCUGUUGAAUUGGGUGACAAAGGAAUUCGUGUAAAUACCGUGAGUCCUGGAUGUGUGCGCACAACAGCCCGUAUGACCAGAGGUGAGGCACCGGAAGACACCGACAAGUUUUACAAUAAAGUGAGCGAAAGAUAUCCGGUGGGCAGACAUGGAGUUCCUGAAGACAUGGCCACUGCUAUCAUGUAUUUAGCCAGUGAUAGCGCGGCGUUUAUAACGGGAACAGUACUCGUGGCAGAUGGCGGACAUCUGGCCGGGAAUGUCGACCUGAGUUAUGGGAAAGUAGUAUUAAUCACAGGCUCAAGUACUGGUAUCGGUGCUCAAACAGCCAUACAGUUUGCGAAGUCCGGGGCACAGGUAGUGGUGACGGGACGUAACGGUCAGAGAGUCAGUGAUGUCGGCAAACAGUGUUCAGACAUAUCUCCAAAAGGUUUGAAAGCAUUGGAAGUGUUGGCAGACGUUAGCAAAGAAGACGACUGCAAACGACUCAUUCAAUCCACUGUUGAGGCCUUCAAUCGGAUCGACGUUUUGGUGAAUAACGCGGGCUUUGGUCUGAACUCACGGAUCACUGAUGAGGACUAUUGCCUCAAAUUAGACACAAUGUUUGCAUCCAAUGUUAAAUCAGCCGUCCGUUUGACACAACUAUCGGUCAAGUAUUUGGAGAAAACUAAAGGAAGUAUUGUUAAUAUUUCUAGUAUUUCUGGAUUGAUUAGAGAUUGCCCGAAUAUAUCUGGAUACUGCAUGACUAAAAGUGCUCUGGAUAUGUUUAGCAAAUGCAUGGCUGUUGAAUUGGGUGACAAAGGAAUUCGUGUAAAUACUGUGAGUCCUGGAUGUGUGCGGACGACAUGCCGUAUAACCAGAGGUGAGACACCUGAAGACACCGAUAAAUUUUACAAUAAAGUGAGCGAAAGAUAUCCCAUCGGCAGACAUGGAGUUCCUGAAGACAUGGCCACUGCUAUCAUGUAUUUAGCCAGUGAUAGGGCGGCGUUCCUGACGGGGACUAUACUUGUGUCCGAUGGCGGACAUCUGGCCGGGAAUGUUGACUUGAGUUAUGGGAAAGUAGUAUUAAUAACGGGCUCGAGUGCGGGUAUCGGUGCCCAGACUGCCUUACAAUUUGCGAAGUCUGGGGCACAGGUAGUGGUGACGGGACGUAACGGUCAGAGAGUCAGUGAUGUCGGCAAACAGUGUUCAGACAUAUCUCCAAAAGUGUUGGCAGACGUUAGCAAAGAAGAUGACUGCAAACGACUCAUUCAAUCCACUGUUGAGGCCUUCAAUCGGAUCGACGUUUUGGUGAAUAACGCGGGCUUUGUUGAAUUGGGGCCCAAAGGCAUCCGUGUAAAUGCAGUAAGUCCCGGUGCUGUCCGUACAUCUGCGCGCACAACACGAGGUGAAGCACUGGAAGACACCGACAAGUUUUACAAUAAGGUUAGCGCCAGAUAUCCGGUCGGUAAACAUGGAGUACCCGAAGAUAUAGCCAAUGCUGUCAUGUAUUUGGCGAGCGAUACCUCUUCAUUCAUCACCGGUACUGUACUGGUCGCUGAUGGCGGUAACCUGGCUGCUAAUGUCAACUUAACCAGUACAUAA